UCCUUCAGUCACAGUCUCACUGACCUAGACAUAACACAAGCACAGUUGAACGAGAACAAGAAGACAAUGAAGACUAUUGCAGCUUUUGUUCUUCUCGUCUGCCUGAUCGCUGUAGGGGUGAAAGGACAGGACAGGUCUUCAAAGGGCAGGUGCUUCUGUGCAGACAAAGGUGCAAACAUGGUUUUAGUGAAGAACAUCGAGAAGGUUGAAAUCAUCCCUCCAAGUCCAUCUUGUCGCAAACAAGAGAUUAUUGUCACUCUGAAGAAUGGUGCAGGACGGAAAUGCAUGAAUCCAGAGUCAAAAUUCACUCAAAAUGUCAUCAUAAAGGCUCUUGAAAAGAGAAGCCAGCAGACAGCUCCACACAGUACAACUGCCUCUGUGCCUCUGAAGAACACCAUGACUUCAUCAUCAGCACCAACAUCCUUCAAAUGACUUCAGAUGAAAUAAUAUUUUAUUCUGCCUCAUAAAUUGGAGUUCAGUAUAUAAAAAAAAAAAAAAA